CCACCCUUCAAACUCUUUUCCUACCCAAAGAAAAGUUGAAAGAAAAGAAAAGCCCGCACAAUACACGUUCAGCCUCAAGGGGCCACGUGCACUUCUAAUGACCAUGAAUGAUUCAACAGAUCAGACUCUCUAUGAGUAUGAAGCAGACCGUCAAACUCGCGAGGUCUAUCGGUAUUUCCAACCCGCAAAUCCAGCAGCGCUAAAUACAACAUGGACUCCUGGUGACCAUUUGACAUCUGCAAUUGGCUCCUUUACAGUUGCAAGCUCUGUCAACUCUGCUUUGGAUGAUGAUGUCUCUGAGCUGGCGUCGACCAUGGGCUCGACCGAGGCCAGUCGUCUGUACAGCCCGAAUACAACUUUGACAUCACUUGCACAGCUAGCAGCUCUGCGCUUGAAUGCACAGCGUGCUUUUAUCACAAUCUUGAACCGCGACUCCCAGUUCGUAUUAGCGGAAGCUACGAAAACGACCAACCUGGGAAGCUCAACACUAUUCAGUGAACAAGGAGACAGCCUAUUCGCUGGAACAUCCAUAUUAUCAAACCCUUGGAACGUUUGUCAGGAAACAGUAAACAUACAAUUGGACGAACAGCAAGAAGGCACGUAUCCUUUUCUUAUCGUUAAUGACCUUGUAUGUCACGAGCGCUUCCGAAAUUUGCCCUUCGUACAAGGCGAGCCACACUCCCGAUUUUAUGCCGGAACGCCCUUAACGAGCGAUAGCAACAUCAAUCUGGGAUGCUUGUUUGUAUUGGAUAGCGAACCCCGCGAGGGGCUGAAUGAUAUCGAGAAGGAUAUACUAGGGACAAUAGCAGGGACGGUCAUGGAAUGUUUACAGGUUAGCCGCCAGGCUGUUGAAGGACACCGUGCCUCGCGGCUAUCCCAGGGCCUUCGUCUUUUCGUCGACGGCAAUUCCAGCUUCGCGGAUGCUGUUUCUUCUUUUCGCUCGGUCAGUUCAAACUGCAGCCCGACUACGUAUGCAAUGCAUAAUCCCAAGACGAGCCGAUCUGCAAACUCUCAAGAUAUCGGGUCCAAUAUUCGCGCGGCACAAUCCGAGAACGAUGAUAUAUCUCUUCGAGAUGGCGGUACACGAGCUCCUAGCCCAUACUUGACCGAUGAUGAUGUUGGCAAGUCAGCUAGCCCUGCGCCAUCGUCGCAAAGCUCACGACAGGGUGAUAACGGCUCAAUGGUCUCGAGUAAUACCGACUGGCUCUUUCAACGAGCUGCCAACCUCCUACGUCAAAGCCUGGAUUUGGACGGUGCUGGAGGUGUAUUGUUUUUAGAGACUGGCGAUGACUCGUCCGACCACGGCACCCAGAGCCGUUAUUCUUCCGUUGAUAGUAAGACAGUCGGCCCUGUUCUUGCGCUGUCCACCAGCGAGGAUCCGUUCUCAUACCAGACGGGCUCUGAGAUAUCACAUCCAGCUGCCAAACUCGACAAUGCAUUCUUACGCCAAUUGUCUCGCCGCUAUCCUAAAGGUAGACUCUGGUCGUUUCAUCGUGACGGGAGUUUGUCUACUUCAGAUGAAGAGCAAUCUGUCGGUACCUCCCGGAAACCCAAUCAAACGUCUAGGGCUGUAGAAGCCAGUCAACUGCAAGCCUACUUCCCGGACGCGAGUCAAGUCAUGUUUGUUCCAUUAUGGAACGCCACCAAUCUGCAGUGGCUUGCAGGGUGUUUCUCUUGGACUCCGCAGUCCACACGAGUCUUCAGUCGGGCUGUCGAUCUCAGUUCGAUGUUUGGCUUCGCUUCUUCCAUUAUGACCGAAUACAGCCGUGUCGAGUCGGUUGCCUCGGACCGCCAAAAGGGCGAUUUCAUAGGCAGCAUAUCUCACGAACUGCGAAGCCCAUUACAUGGCAUCUUAGCGGCCGCCGAGUUUUUGGGCGGGACACAUUUGGACGACUUUCAAGAGUCUCUUCUCGAAACGGUCAAUGCAUGCGGCCAGACUCUCUUGGAUACGAUGAACCAAGUCUUGGAUUUCAGCAAAAUAUUGUCGCUAGAAAGACAGAAGAGGAGGUCUAAACGGAGGAAAGAUCCGUAUAGGCCGAAACCCCCAGAAGAAAUUUCAGCGCGGAUGGAUCCACUCGUGUCGACAAACAUCGCCGUUUUGGCAGAAGAAGUCGUGGAUAGCGUGUGCUUGGGGCAUUGCCAUAUACGGAAAACUACCACGCCAACCAAUCAUCCCAUUGGCGAGUCACCAGCUUCAUCCAGCCCGCUUUCUACCGGGGACACCCAAGUUGGCACUGAUAAAGGUGUGGAGGUUAUUGUCAAUAUUGGUGACAAUGACUGGUUUUACAAAGCUCAGCCUGGCUCACUGAGACGUCUAAUUAUGAACCUCCUUGGGAAUUCCCUGAAGUAUACCGAAAAGGGCCUGGUCUCUAUCUCAAUCCAGGCAACCGAGAAUUCAAAAGGCCGGGCUCGACGUGAGGGUCUUGAGGAUAUUGUGACAUUGAUUAUUUCAGAUACUGGUAAGGGUAUCUCGAAUGAGUUCCUUCAGAAACGGCUUUACAUCCCUUUCGCACAAGAAGAUACACUUUCGGUAGGUACUGGCCUCGGUCUUUCAAUUGUUCGCGGCAUUGUGAGAACACUCAAAGGAAACAUCAGAAUCCAAAGCCGAGUAGGCGAAGGCACUACUGUAAAAGUGUCAUUUCCACUCGAGCGUCCAGUGGGAGAGGAAAGCCUUUCAUCAACGCCUUACGUCAAGAAUUCGAGAGAAGAGACACUUUCAGCAUCCUCUCGAUUGCUUCAACUGGACCUUACCAGGAAACGUGCCGCGAUAUGGAGGGUAGACCCUUCUCAUCUUGGCAAGUAUCCCUUCUGGUCUUCAAUUGCUCAGUAUAUUACGAACUGGUAUGGCCUUAAGCUGGUGCCUUGGUCCGCCGACGAACAUAUCGAUGUUCUACUUGCGAACGAAAGCGACUUGCCUGCAGAAGAAUUCCAGUGUUUGCAUACCACAUUGCCUAGCAUACUUGUUUUCUGCAGCGACGCCGGUAGCUCGAGUGAUACUAUGAAACAAUGGUCGCACCUUGCUAACACUCUAGUGAUUCUUCGUCGACCUUGUGGACCACAGAAGCUUGCCAGGGCAAUCCUGGACUGCCUCGAUCCGAAGGCACCAUCUCCUAAGCCAUGCCCAGAUUCAACCGAAAAAGCAUCCGUCAUCCCGAGACAAGGCAAGCUCUCAAGUCCGAAUCCACCAACUGGGACUUCCAAAUUACCGUCGCCUGACAGUCUAAGACCCGGCUCCGACGGCUAUGUUAUGGGUCCUGCGAGACGUAAGGUUUCUGGCCAGUCUCCAGGUACCGAAGACUCUUCUCCCCUUUCAUCUUUUUCUUCUGGAAGCGCCUCUUCUAGCCCUCACGUACCUUCCCCCGCUUCCUCUUCCUCAUCCAAUGGCACAACUCCUGAGGACUCCUUAUCUGGAAUCAAAAGCAAACCUCGGGUUUUGCUGGUCGAUGACAAUAACAUCAACCUUCGACUUAUAAGGGCUUUCAUAAGGAAAUCGAACGUAACUGCUGUAGAUACAGCACAGAAUGGCAGAGAAGCAGUCGACUUGGUUGAAAUGACGCUACUGGGGUACGACCUCAUAUUUUUGGACAUGUCUAUGCCCGUAAUGGAUGGCUUUGAAGCGACUCGUGCUAUUCGUGCAAUUGAAAAAGAACGAGAAGGCUGCGUUCCAGCCAAGAUUAUCGCAUUGACUGGACUCAGUAGCUUACGCGAUGAGUCCCGAGCGCUGGAAUCUGGAGUGGACGUCUUCCUUACGAAACCUGUUUCGUUCAAGGAAGUAUCGCGGUUGCUUGAAGAUUGGAAGUCGGACUGUCAAAAUAAUCUAAACUUUCCUCGCGUCUAACAUGCAAUUUUGCUGCAGAUAUGGGACAAAGCUGGGAAUACGUUAAGCAUUCUGUCCUGGUGGCUUGGAAUAACCAAGAGAAGAUUAGUUGCCUGCUGCGCAACGUUGAAUUUACAUACCUGGCAAGCUUGUCGGGAACCUAGAGAACCCCCCUCUCGUUUCCUGAAGACGUCAAGACAUCAAAUGUGACAUGUGACAGGAUUGCAUUGCUUGCCUUCCGUUUCUACUUGCUAUACUAACUCUUGAAUACUGGCGUCGAAGUGGGGAGUAAACCCCGAGAACUUGACCUGUCACAGCAUUAGGCUGAAAAGAUCAUGAAGCACUCGUGGAGGUGUUUAAAGCAAAGAUGGCCUCUUCGUCUGGGUUCUAACUCAACAUAACAAUGAUUAGGAUUGCUACAUGCAGCUUUGUUUGAG